UCUCUCUCGAGAAACCGAUCGCGAAGUCCUCACAGAAGUAGCCCGGACGGGAAGCGCCUGGCAUGGACGAGCUGCUGUACCAGACGCGGUCCGCGAGGCCGAGCGUGCUGUGGCGCCCCGGAGGAGGCCGGCGCAUUGACCUCGGCCAAGACUCCUACCGGCCGUUUCACCGCAUUGCCAGGACUGUCCACCUGCAUGACGCCGUCCACAUCUGCGAGGCCCACGCGAUGAACCCGAGGCCAGUCACCAGCUUGAACUCCCUCAGCAGGAGGUCUCUCGGACAGAACCACCCUCUUCGCAGACUCCGAGUCCUCUGGUUUGGCACGCGGCAGGAGGACCGCGGCGCCGACGAGGCUCACGACUGGUACGGAAACGUUGAGUUCUCCCUCGCCGCGGACGUUCUCCUUAGAAACUGGGGAUUCGCCUACCUGGUGGAGAUCAUGACGUCCCCCACGCAGACAGUGACGCGGCUGCUCAUCUCUAACAGAGACUACACACGCUUCCUGCCGGAGUACGACCCGUUCUUAUUGGGCGGCGGAUGGUACAUCACCCCCGAGGGACAGCAUCUGGAACUCGUGAACUGCUCUCGCUACAACAACGAGGACCCGCGACUCAACAGGCAUGGCCACACGCUCGAAUUCAUGAUCGAGGUAACGCCGUGGCACCAGGCCAAACUCCUCCUCACUGAGUGCCAGAUCACCUUCAGGAAUCAUGAGGAUGCCAUAUCCAUGCGCCGGAAACACGUCUGCCACAGAUUUCAGCAGCAGAAUCUUCCUUGCCCAACUCCCUGGAGCAAGGAAGAAACUUCCAGGAUAUUCUUCGAGUUGCACCAUCGCCUGACUCUGAGCCGAGCCAUGGCCACGCCUCCCCUGUCCCCCCAGGCCGAGCUUCUCCGUCAGUGCUUCUUCUCACGAGGAGACGAGUUUGCGUUGACCCCGCUUCCCCCUCCUCCUCCUCCCAUUUAUGUGCCCGUUCCUUGUGUUUUCCCUGGAGGAGUCCCAUUUCCGUUGUAUAACUUCAUAGCCUACGACAGCCUGCUGAAAAAGAUAAUUAGCGAACAGACCCGGAUCCCGCCAUUUUACUCAACAGAAGUCAGCGAAGCCGAGGACAACGACGGGGUUAUGUACUUCCACGGGCAGGUCUUUCAAGCGAAUUCCUUUACCGGAAUAUCUUCUUUCCAGCAGUAUGCGAUGGCCGGCUUUUCCAGCCCGCGCCACGAGCAAGCUCCUCCAGGCUUCCUCCAGGCCGUGCUUAGAGCUUCCCUCGAAGUGAGGCAGCUGCCGGGUAACUCUGCUGUCAGGGAGAUUUCCGAAUUUCCUGGCAGCCCAAGAGAUCUAUAGAUUGGGAAUGGACGUUCAGGAAAUUAUCCAAAUAAAUGAGAGAAAGAGACGGAGGAUAGAUAAAAAUAUAAAAAUGAUUUAUGAAAAUCGAUUUACAUAAUCAACACAGUACCUUUAAGAUACUCCGAUAGAAAAUAAAAAUACAAUUAAUGAUUUUGAAUUCAAGAUGUGUAACUGACAUUCCGUUGAUAAUCACAUAUCUCUGUCCAUAUAAACUGCAUCAUCUUUUUCAGGCAUGACUGACAUAGCAAGUUGACUAUUCGUUAUCAAAGAUCUUAAUAUAUAAAUUUAUAUUGAUUUACGAGUGGCACCAGAUUGAUAAUAAAACGAAAAAAAUCAA